AUGAUUUUCCUACUAUUCCUCUUACUAUUCUUCUUUUUUCCUCCACUACCACUUGCAGCUCCUCAGUGUCAGCCGCCGCAUGACUGUUCUGUGCAUGUUUUUCGAGUGAGGUUAUCACAAAAGCCAGAAGGAGAGACUGCGGAGAACACGACGUUCAGUGAUCCUCGAAAUCAGGACAGUAUAUAUGAGAUUCGAGGUGGGAAAGAGAUGACACCGAAGCUGGCGGCUGAAAUUAUUUCCAGUAUGGGAAAGGAUGCGGAUCCAAGGCUGAAAGAAAAAAUCAACAACAAAGAGUUCUACUGGAAAGCGGUUGGUCCCAAUGAGAAGUACGCGACAGUCGCAUUCCAACCGCCUCCACCGCCUCCAAAAAAACAGCCAACAGCGACGACGCCAGCAGCCACCGGAUUCCGUCCAUCCGAUUUCCCCGUUCUUCUUGUUAGCCUUCUCCUCUGCGUUGGAAUAUUCUUAGGAAUACUUCUAACCGCUAUAUGCCUCUUCAUGGCAAAUAUGCAAAAAGAGCCACAAUUCGAUCGAUCCAGCGUAAUAAUUUAUAACAAAGUGGGCGGAGCCAACAAUCGACGUCCCAUGCUUCCGAAGCGAAGAGAGCAGCAAAUCGAGCUGAUUGAGAGAGCUUCAGUGGCACCGUCCAUGUCUUCUGGAACACGCAUCGGUCCUGCAUGGAGGAAUGGUAAUGCAGGGACGACAAGUCGACACAUUUCACUGUAA